AUGUCAGAAUACCCGCAGUAUUACAGCAACGAUCUUCAGUUGCCCCAUAUCGAGAAGGCAACUCUACGCCGGACACUUCAGGUCCUCAGCAGUGCGGUUUGCAACGGCGUCAAUGUCAUUGAAUCUACUGCUCCAGCGAGUAACGAGUAUGAUGGCCGCGGGGUGUAUACCGGAGACCUAGCACAACAAAAGCGUGUCCUAGAAGAUAAUGCUAGCUCCCUGCCAGACUUCUUAAGUCUAGCCAGAGCGCGAAUCCCAACUCGUGGUCCAGAUAUUCCUCUGCGGAUUGGAGGUCUCUCACCUCUGGCAUCUAGAUCGCCAAUCGCUGCUGUUGUACUGAGGAUCCUCCAUAAAUGCGCCACUGGGAGGGUUGAAACUAUCUCCGCUCACGAUAUUGAGUGCCUUGAUAAUGCGGUACAUUUGGCACUAAGUCAUGGUUCCACUGCCUUCUACCAUGGCCACGACCUGGGCGCGGAUGAGAUUCUCUUCGGCCGUGCUGGGCUGCUGUGGGCGCUUCUGAAUAUCAGGGCAGCGGCGACUGACCUUCCACAUGCGCAAAUGGAAGUUUUCCAACCAAUAAUUAGCCAAAUUCCUGAAAUUGUCCGUUCAAUCAUUGAUGCUGGCAGAGAAGGGGCUGCAAAGUAUAAGAGGAGCCAUGGCAAAGUCGACGCCCUUCCAUUAAUGUGGCCAUGGAAGCCUGGGUACUAUGGAGUUGGAUGGGCUCAUGGAUUGUGCGGGAUAAUACCGGUUCUUCUUGCUUGCAACUUGGACGAACUGGAUGACUGUCUGCCGGAGAUCGGAGGAACGAUCAGCGCGCUAUGCAGGAUUUGUAUCGCGCACAAUGGCCAUCUACCAACCAAGAUCCCACUCCGCUCUUCAUCUCGCCAGUCACUGCUGGUCCAGAUGUGUCAUGGGGCGCCGGCCAUCCUGGGCCUUCUUGGUUGCGCCUUGAAGCACACGGAGCUGGUUCUAGAGCACUGGGAACCGAACUGGAACCGCGCCGUAUGUCUUGCCACGGAUCGCGUGUGGGAGCAGGGUCUUCUCUCGAAAGGCGGAGGUUUGUGUCAUGGCAUUGCGGGAAAUGCAUGGCCUCUGCUCCUUCUACAUGACGUCUUUGAGGAUAGCAGCGCCGUCCUAGACAGAGCCAGACUAAACUACACCACGCGAAAAUCAGAUCUGGCUGCAACUGAGGGUCUUCUCUCCGGAGACUUUUUUCUCUCUCGGGCAAUUGCAAUGAUGCUCUAUGCACGAGAGACCCCACCGUACAACGCGUCUCUGGAGACUGCAUCCAAUAAUUAUCGAAUGCCUGACAAUCCAUUUUCUCUCUUCGAGGGCCUGUCGGGCACUGUAUGCGCCUGGGCUGAAGCCAGCAUCGUAGUCAAAGCACGGCUUCGCAAACUCGAAGUUGGUGAUGAGGAUAUCGACCAAGAUCCCAUGUUCAGGAGGUGUAGACAGAAGCAAUUAGGGUUUCCUUGCUUAGGUGGGAAUGGUGCGACUGGGGUUCUUUGA